AAUCGUUUGUUGUUUUCUUUGAUAAUUUGUUUGUUUAUGUUAGUUAUACUUAUGUUUUUGGUUUUUACGUUACGUAUAGCCUAUUUUUUAUAGUUAUUUUACUUUAAAUUGGUAUUUUAAAGUAUAUUAAAAUGGAAAACAAAGAAGAUGUUAAAGAGACCUCACCGUUUUUCGGUGCCAAAGGAAAUGUUCAAUCAGCUCCACUUGCCGAGAAUAUUGACAAUAACCCAAAUGGAAAAAGAAUCUUUUAUGUAGUUUUAGCAUGUCUUGAAUUAGUGGCUAUUUUAUGUUUUAUAUUAGUUUUGUAUUGGACUAUACAUUAUUUUAAUGGGUUUGCUUGGGAUGGAACUGGAAAAGAAUUUAAUCUACAUCCUGUGUUAAUGGUGACAGGGAUGGUUUUGUUUAAUGGGAACGCUGCAAUUGCAUACAGAUUUUUUCGAAAUCAAAACAAGUUAAAGAUUAAAGUUCUUCAUGGUUGCACUCAACUGAUUGUCUUUAUAUGUGCUGUGAUAGGUUUAGUCGCUGUAUUUGAUUAUCACAAUGCAGCAAAAAUACCUAACAUGUAUAGCAUGCAUAGUUGGAUUGGAAUUGCUUCAGUAAGCUUAUUUGCAUGUCAGCUUUUGUUUGGUUUUGUUGGCUUUCUCUAUCCAAAAUUUUCUGAUGAUUAUCGCCAAAUAUAUUUAAAAUCACAUGUAUAUUUUGGAAUAGUUAUCUUUGCUUUGGCUAUUGCAGCAUGUGUAACUGGUCUCACUGAAAAAAUGCUCUUUAGUAGUUCGUACGCUUCACAAUGGAAAGAGUUGAAAGGCGCAGGGUUGGUCGCCAAUAUAUUAACAAUUAGUCUUAUCGUAUUUGGCAUGUUAGUCUCGUUUGUUGUGUACAACCCGUCGUAUAAAAGAGCAGCAGAUCAUGCAGACUAUAAAAGAACAGUUGAAUAUGUUGGCUUAAACUAGUUUGCGAAAAGUGGAAACAUAAAACAACGAAGAUUUGUUUGAACGUAAUUAGUCUGCAGCUUUAAAUUUUUUGUAUAAUUAAUUUAAGUUUUUAUAUUAAUGUGUUCUUAAUUUUUUUA